UCAUUCAGCUAUGUUGCUAAAGCACUAGGUGGAGUCAUUAUGAAAAGUUCCAUUACUCAAAUAGAAAGAAGAUUUGAUAUAUCCUCUUCUUUUGCUGGCUUAAUUGAUGGAAGCUUUGAAAUUGGAGUGUUUUUCAAACUUCAGAUCCUGAAUAACAAGUGGGUCAAUAAAUUAAUACAGAUGAUUGGGACCAACGAAUUAUUUCUUACUAAAAUAGGGUAUUCCAAAGAUAAAGAUAUUAAUCCAUCAUCGAACUCAACAUCAAGCUUGUCAACCUGCUUAAUUAAUAAAACUUUAUUAUUCAAUAGAACAUCACCUGAAAUAGUAGGAAAUGAUUGUGUAAAGGAAUCUGGUUCAUAUAUGUGGAUAUAUGUCCUGAUGGGUAAUAUGCUUCGUGGAAUUGGGGAAACUCCAAUAGUACCCUUAGGGGUUGCUUACAUUGAUGAUUUUGCUAAAGAAGGACAUUCUUCUUUUUACAUAGGUAUUUUGAAUGCAACAGCAAUCAUUGGCCUUGCCAUUGGUUUUCUCUUGGGAUCUCAGAUUACUAAACUAUAUGUGGAUGUUGGAUAUAUAGAUUUAAGCAGUAUACAAAUAACUCCCAAGGAUUCUCGUUGGGUUGGUGCUUGGUGGCUUGGUUUCCUUGUGGCUGGCCUGUUUUCCAUUAUGUCUUCCAUACCAUUCUUUUUUCUUCCCAAAAGUCUGAAUAAACCACAGGAGGAAAGGAAAGUUUCAAUAUCUUCUCAAGCUUCCAAAACAAAUAAGGAAAUGAAGUUAACUGGCAAAUUAACCAAAUAUGAGCAAAAAGUUACUGAAAAUGUGACUGGUUUUUGCCAGUCCUUGAAAAGCAUCCUCACCAACCCGUUAUAUGUUAUAUUCUUGUUUUUGAUGUUGUUACAUAUCAGUGGCUAUAUUGGUACUUCAAGUUUCAUAUUCAAAUAUAUAGAACAACAGUUUGGUCAGUCAAUAGCUGAAGCAAACCUUUGGACAGGACUCAUCAGCAUGCCUACUAUCUCAUUUGGAUUGUUUAUAGGAGGAUAUAUCAUUAAAAAAUUCAAACUUAGUUUGGUUGGAAUUGCAAAGUUAUCCUUUUCUGCCUUUUUGUUGUCUUUCAUAUUUCAACUGUCUCAUUUGCUCCUACUCUGUGAAACCAAAUCAGUUGCUGGCCUAACCUUGACCUAUGAUGGGAGAAAACCACUGGCAUCACAUAUGAAUGUACCACUUUCUUAUUGCAAUUCGGAUUGCAAUUGUGAUGAAAGCCAAUGGGAACCAGUCUGUGGAAAGAAUGGAAUAACUUACUUAUCACCUUGUCUAGCAGGAUGCAAAUCUUCAGGUAGCAGUAAAAAACCUGAAGUGUUUUAUAACUGUAGUUGUGUGGACAUAACUGGUUUCAAGAACAGCAGUAACUCGGCCCAUUUGGGUGAAUGCCCCAGAGGUGAUCGAUGUACAAGAAACUUACGAAUAUAUAUAGCAGUGCAAGCCUUGGGUACUUUUUCUGCUGCAUUGGGAUUCACCCCUAGUGUCAUGCUUAUUUUUAAAAAUGUUCAACCAGAACUGAAAUCACUUGCAAUGGGUUUCCAUUCACUGACUAUACGAUCACUGGGUACGAUAAGAUAUUAUUACUACAGCAUGAUUUUGAGUUUAAAAGGCUCGGCGCUUAUUUUAUUUGUUAUAUUCCUUCGUGCCAUGAAGAAAAAAUAUGAAGGAAAAGAUACCAAGACAUCAGAAAAUGGAAAAAAAGUUGUGAAUGAAGCAAACUUAGAAGGUUUAAACAAUAACAGGCAUUUUGUAUCUUCUUCUGGAGAAGAUGAUGAAACAUGUACUUAA